CUUGCGAGCUGCUGAAAAUCGAAGUGCGUCAAGAAGAUUUCGGAUCAGCAUUUUUCACUCGAUGCGAUUUACGACAAAAAAACGCCGAAAAAGUGCAACGUUCUGAAAAAAGUAGCUGUAUUUUGUUGGAGACGGUGUUUCGGAAGCAGGUGCUGCUGGAAUCCAGGAGUAAAAGUGUUUUUGAUUAGUCUAAAAAGUGUACACAAAAUCGGAAGAAAUUAGUUCUGCGGAUUCUUUUUUUUGCCUGCUCUCCUUCGGGAGACGGUGGCAGUGGUAUUGGUGUUUUUCCAAGUGUUGUACAAAAGCUUGCGUUUUUUUUCAAUCCGCUGUUGUGUCUGCUUGCUUACGAUAGCCGCUUUCCGAACCUGACUGAUCUCGUGGUGUUUGUAUGAAAUGAAAGUGUUUACUAAUGCUCGUCGUCGCGGUGGAUUGUUUUCCAUGAAAAUUAUAACGAAAAUAGUAAUAGUAAACAGUAACAAUGAGUGCAAACGAUGAAAACCGUGCGAGUGAUUCAGUAGGCAGUGCCCUGGAGAACCUCAAAAUCCGGGACGAUUUGUUCAAAUCCGUUAAAUGUUUCGUGACAGGAACGCUUGACCCAAAGGUUGCAAAACUACUGGAAGAUGGCGGAGCAUCAAUUUUCAAAUUUAUGGAUUUCAUUACUCAUGUCGUGUGUGGAGUGAACUACGAUGAGAAUGAAAUAACUCAGGCUGCAGAGCUCUACGAAGUCCCAUCAGUUACUGAAUCUUGGGUUCUUGCAUCUGUGCGCCUCGGUCGACCGGCUUCGACGAAAGCAUACUUUCCGCUUAAGUCGUCCCUGUUCAGUAAUCUUACGUUUGCGGCUAUUCAGUUGGAUAACCGUGAUCUAAAGAAACUGUACACAAUUGUAACGUUUUACGGAGGUUCGUUUCGAAAGGUACUUGAUCGAAAGACGACGCAUCUGAUUUCCAGUGUGGCAAAAGGGCCAAUUUAUACGAAAGCUCUCAGUGUUGCUGGUUUAACGGUGAUAACUCCAGACUGGGUCACUGAGAGUGCAAAAAACAACCAUUUGCUGGCUACCGAAAUCUAUCAUCCUCGAUUAGUGAUUACACCAAGAAUUUUUAAACAAGCUCCACAGCGACCAGCCACACCGUUGCAAAAGCCGGAAUCCGAGAAGCCACUGGCCAGUAUAAUUGGUUUCGAUUUCGAAGAAAAUAUUGCCAAAACAGAAGUUCCAACUAGUGGAAACGGUAAAAAAGACGGAGAAGUCUCAGCUGUCCAAGGAAAGUUGCCAGUUACUAGCCAGAGUAACCAGGACACAGUUAAAAUCACAGCUGCAGCUCAAAACGCACCGGCUCCUAUUCCUCAACAGCAGCAGCCACAAAUCAUUCAAACCAUACAGAGCCAACAGCAGCAGCUAGUAGGUUCCCGAUUCCCAAGACCUCCCGGGCCCCAUCAACAACCACAGAUUCCUGAUCAAGUGCAGCAGCAACAAAUUCAACACCAAUCGUUACAAAAUCUGAACCGACCAAACGGUCCUUCUGUCAACCAAAACUUGCAACAGCAGCAACAAAUUCAACAGCAAAUUCAGCAACAGCAACAACAAAUUCAGUUUCAGCAGCAACAACAGCAACAGCACUUACAUUUACAGCAACAAAAUAUUCAACAUUUCCAAAAGAUAACAAUGCAACAGUCACAAAAUCAGAAUGCACAGCAACCUCAGUCUAUGGUACAGCAGCAGCAGCUACAACAGGUGCAUUCACAGUCGAUGCAACAACCGCAGUCACAAAAUCAACAAAUACCCAAUUCGCAGCAGAUGCAGCCACAACAAUUACAACAAUCACCACAGCAACAAGUGCAAAUCCAAAGUUCCGCGAUUCAGCAGCAACAGCAGCUAACACAGCAGCAACAUCAACAACUGCAACUUCAGCAACAACAGAUGCAUCAACAACAACUACAACAGCAGCAACUUCAAAUGCAACAACAGCAACAGCAUCAGCAACAACAGUUACAACAGCAGCAUCAACAGCAACAGCAGCAGCAAAUGCAACAGCAGGUUCUGCAGCAAUCAAAUCAAUCGAAUGCACAGCAAAACAUUCAACAGCAAACCCUGCAACAGCAGGUGCAGCACAAUGUUAACCAAAUCCAACAAAAAAUGGCUCAGCAGCAACUGCUACAGCAGCAGAAGCAAUUGCAGCAGCAGCAGCAACAGCAGAUUCUCCAGUCGCAAUCUCAGCAGCAAAUAUUGCAGCAGCAGCAGCAACAACAACAACAACAAUCGCAACCGCCACAGCAGCAGAUUAUUCAGCAAACCCAAAUUCAAAUGCAACCGAAUCAACCCAAUCAGAUUAUUCAGCAAGUUAUUCAGCAACAGCCAGGGCAGCAAAAACAGAAUAUUCAAGUAGUGUAUAAGGGUGCUCAAAACCUUCAACAACAACAGCAAACCCAACAGCAGCAACAAAUACAGCAAAUCAUGUCAAAUUUAACUGCUGGUACUGAGGCACCAAAUGCACAGCAGCAACAGAAAAUCAUUCGACAGAUAACGAUCAAUCAAGGACCCCCCGGAAAUGUUCAACAGCCGCCACCACCCCCAUCGUCCCAGCAACAAAUACAAAUAAGCCAACAACAGGUUCAAGUUAACCAACAACAAAUUCAGCAUCUUCCGGGACAGGUUCAGCAGCAAUCACAGCAGCAACAACAGCAGCUUAUGAUACAACGAACUCUCUCACAGCAACAAAUGGCCAAUCAAUCCGGUACUCAACCAAGCACUCCAGGUAGUCAAAUGAUUCAGCAACAAAAUUUACAGCAAUUGCAAACCGGUCAAGGUCAACAGCCGAAGAUAAUCCAGCAAACAAUUAUCCAUCCUCCAAUCUCGUCGAACUAUCAAACCAUCACUAAGCAGUUGAUUGUAGGACAACCCUCGGGUCAGCAGCCGCAGCAACAGCAACAAUCACAGUCGCAACCGCAGCAGCAACAACAAAUUAUUCAACAGCAGCAACAGCAACAACAACAGCAAAUGCAAAAACCUGGAGGUCCUGGACCCGGCCAACAACAGGGACCUCCGCAGCAGAUUGUUCAGCGUAUUGUGCAACAGCAGGUUCUUCAGGGCCCACCAGGUAGUAAUCCGCCAGGAAGUCAACCGCAGAACAUUGUCAUCAUCAAUCAAAGUGGAAACCAGCAACAGAUUAUCACUUCCUCGUCCGGUCCUCUUCCCGGUCAAAUGCAGGCCAUGACCCAGCAGCAGCGGAUUCAGUAUAUGCAAACCUUGCAACAGCAAAAGCAACAACAACAGCAGCAGCAGCAGCAAACACAACAGAUAAUUGUGAGCGGAGCAGGCCCCAAUCAGCAAGGUCAGAUUUUGCAGCAAACAGGCCAAAAUGUAGUACACAUACAGCAACGAUCGUUGCAACAGAGUCUCAACCAACAGCCAGGCAUGGCUGGCCAAUCGCAGCCGCAACAGCAGCAAUCGAUUCUGACACCUGUCGGAACCGGCAUGAUGCCGGGUCAGCAAUCAGGGCAACCUCAACAGCAGCAAACGAUCGUUGUUCAACAGCAACAAAUGAUUUCGAAUCAGCAACCAACCAUUAUACAGCAGCAGAUGCUCGCUCAACAGCAGCAGCAGCAACAGCAACAACAACAAUCGCAACAACAACAGCCGUUAAUCAUUCAGAGUUCUCAAUCGGCUCAACCACAACAGCAAAUCAUACAACAAACACUUUCGACCAGUGGGGGAACUGUUCAUCAGCUUCUGCAACAACCUGGUCAACCGCCGGGUCAAGGUCCAACUAUUCUGCAACAGCAAAUUGUAAAUCAAGGACCUGGACAGGCGCCUCCAAUGGAUGGCCCGAUAAUGCAACAAACUGGUCCUGGAGGAGAAUUAAUCCAACAACAACAGCUUAUGCCAGGACAGCAACCUGGACAGCCUCAGCAACAGCAAUGGACACCACAGAGUCCAAUUCAGCAGCCUAAUCAAUCGCCGCUCCAACAAUUUCAACAGCAGCAGCAGCAGGGAAUUCCGGCAGGUGCCACAAUUAUUCAACAGACUAUUGUUCCACCUGGAACUCCCGUGCCUGGCCCGGCAGGAGUUGCUCCUGGUCAGCUGGGAGGUCCUCCUCAGUUUAUUAGAUCAACUCUCAGACCACAGGUUCAACGGCAAUACAUUCAAUUGGAUCCGCAAGCACAUGCCGCUCUUCAGAAGAUGGAUCCCGCCAGCCGCCAGGAAUACAUUGAUAGACUUCAAGCCAAACAGCGGGUGUUGAUGCAAAGACAGCAACAAGCAGCUGCUUUCCAAGCUCGUCCCGGACAUCCGGGAGCUCAACCCGGUGUUCGCCAGCAGCAAAUAAUCUAUCGAGGACCAAUGCCUCCAGGGCUCAACCAACAGCAGCAAAUGCAGUGGAUACAGCAACAAAAUGCUCGACAGGGUGUGGUUCGACCUGGAGCCCCUGGUCUCAGCCCCAUAACUCAGCAAAAUGUGGUUCCUCCGGGAUCACCAAUGGGGCAAUUUCCCGUUGAUCCAAACGUUUCUCCACAACAGCAACAACGGAUGCUACUUGACCGGCAACAGCAACAUAGAUUGCUCCAAAUGCAGUUACAAAGAGAGCAGGCUCAAAAAGGUGUUCAAGGUCAACCUCAACAAGGUCAGGCAAUUUCUCCGCGCGGUGCAGGCUUUCCUUCGGAGGUUGCUAUUGGUGAUGGCACAGCGACAAUUGUACAGCAAACUAUUGUUGGUUCGCCUGUUGGACAACCACAAGAUCCUAACGCUCCGCCAGGUGCCCAACAAAUGAAGAACCAAACGAAAACUGCCCUUGCGAAUAUGCUCAGCAACCGACUUGGUUCGAAUGGAAAUGUUGUUCCCAAUCUUCCCGAGGGUGCUGCUCCUUCCGAACCAUCUGCUGCUGGCACACUCAGGAUGAUGACCGCACAGCAUAAUGCCGCUCUGCAGCAAACUAUGACACCUCGAUCACCUCAGGAUUUAAUCGUACUACAACAACAACAACAGCGCCGGACUCUUGGAAAUAUAACUAAUUCCGGUGCACCGGUGGGUACCGUAGUUAGUCAAAUUGUGCAGCAAGUACCGCCGGGAACACCGGGUAUCCCACAGUCCCCAUCAACCAUGAAAGGUGCUCCGCCUUUUAGUCCGGGACGAGCUCCUCUCCCUCGACCGCAGUACUACGGACACAAUCCUAACCUAAAACUUCCGCCAGAGUUGUUCCUUCUGGAGUGUGUAUUUUUCAUCAUCGAGUACGACGAAACUCAUAAAAACGACAUUGAAGACUGGAAAACAAUAAUCAGGAAACAUGGCGGUAAAAUUGAGCAAUAUUACAGUCCCAAGGUAACCCACGUCCUAUGUCGAACCCAACGGCACGGCGUCGUAAUGCAGGCCAUUAGAGACGCGAAGCGGUGCAUUACGUCUUACUGGCUGAACGAUAUCGUACUGAAAAAACAACUUCUUCCACCAUGGCAAGCGCUCCAUCUUCCAACACCUUCCAUUUUCGGUAAUCAAAAACCAGCUCCGAAGCACAACAUGUCUAUCACCGGUUUCGAGGGGGAUGAGCGGAUCCGUAUUAAGCAGAUGAUCGAGGAAUCUGGCGCCAAAAUGACGCCAUAUUUCAGCAAAUCAAACACGGUAUUGGUAUGCAAACGCAUCGACAAUCAGAAGUACAAGUAUGCGAAAGAGUGGAACAUCCCGACGGUCAACACGGUGUGGUUGAGUGACAUUUUACUCGGGAACCUUAGCGCGAUGCAGCAGUGUGAUGGACCCAAGUAUCAACAGUUUAAUCUAAGCUGCCCAUUUCGGAUCGACUACAAUCUGGUUAUGCAUUUGAUGACUGCCUGGAAAUCACCCAUCAACCUUACGCCAGAAUCGCACGAGCGUGUAAAACGUAGCUUGUCGGAGCCACCACAACCGGCGACACCAGCGAAAAAACCACGUACACUUCCACCGUUAGAGCCUGUUCCUGCGGAGAUUGUCUGCCAACGCCAGCCGGAUGCGGAGAGCAUACCGAACAUCUUGUUCUCCCAAAUCGACAAUACGGAAGGACUAACGCGGGCUGUUAUAACUCUCGGUGGCCGGAUAGCUAACGGACCAGCGGACGCUACUCAUCUGGUGAUGACGCGAGUAGCCCGAACGGUGAAGCUGAUAACUGCACUGACCAGUAUCAAAUAUUUGCUUUCGAGUAAGUGGAUUACAGACAGUGCCAGCGCUGGCUAUUUCCUCCCGGUGGAAAACUAUCGGCUUGAUGUAAAGGAACUGGACGAGACUUUUAAGUGUGGAUUGUACAAAGUGCUCGAAAUGACAAACCGAAGCAAACUAUUCGAAGGGAAGAUUUUCUUUAUCACUCCGCAGGUAAAACCAUCUCUCAAAGAUGUAAAACAGAUGAUCGAAUUAAGUGGGGGGCUGGUGGAGAAAAGCGCUCGGUCUGUGAAAAAGAUUCGAGAAGCGAAUUUGGACAAACCUGGCUGUUAUGUUAUCGUCAGCUGCCCGGAAGACCGAAUCCUAAUUCAGCCUUUUAUACAGAAGGGAAAGCAUGGCGUAUGCCAGAUUUGCACAACCGAGUAUGUGAUGCAGUCGAUUCUGCAGCAAAAGCUUGCUAUCGAACCGCAUAUCAUAAAAUGGGAGUUGGUACCGUAGGGUGCCGUUGUAUAUAAAAUGUGUUAAAUCAUAAGCAAUAGUGUGUGGAAAAACUGAGAAUUAUAUAGAAUGCUAUUGAAUAGUGAAAAGCCUAAUUUAAAAAAAAAGUACUACCAAUGGGAGAAAUUAUUCUCGGAGAAGUAAUUGCAGAAGCAAAGUUUACAUAAACUUUAUUUAAUCCCUAAAGUUACUAUAUCAAGAAGAUAUAUUUUCAAUGAAGAGAAGAGUAAUAGAACUAGACGUGUAUGAGUCUGAUCUGAAGUAUACACGAAGUCAAUAGAUAAUCGAUGGAAUAUAAUUAAGUUGGAUGCCGUCGGCAGUAAGCUAAUUUUGAAAAUAUAAGAAAUUACACUAUAGUAGAAAUCACGAGUGCAUUUUAUCUCUUAUACACAUUUAACACAAUGAAUAUAAACAGUAUAUGAAGCUCUUGAUACCACGGAUAAUUAUGAUUAUGAAUAACACAGGAAAUCAAUAACGUUAUUUGAAUAUAAAAAGAUAAAUUAUGGAGCAAGUUA